UUUAGAUCUUGGAACUGACACACGAAAUGUUCUCUCUACGGCUCUGCUGCCUCUUACCAUUAGUUUUAUUGCUGCCAAGUCUCCUUGAUGGCGCACGGAUACUUGCGAUAUUUCCCUUUCCGGGUCCCUCACAGUACAUUAACGUCUUGCCCUAUUUGAAAGGGCUCGCGGCGCGCGGCCACGAGGUAACAUCGGUUAACGCUUUUCCCCAAAAUAAGCCAGUGAAAAACUUUCGUGACAUUGUCGUACCUGAAGUAUUUCAAUCCUACGAAGAAAUACUAAUUUCCAGCAUUGAAGCAAACAGAAAUUUGUGGCAGGAGAACACAAUGGCUAAUGAUUUUUGUAUCAGCAUUACAAAGAAAGUGUUUGAAAAUGGCAAAGUACAGCGGGAGCUGUUACAGCCCGGCAAGGCUCAAUAUGAUUUGGUCAUUGUAGAAACCCUGCGUACCGAUGCACUCUACGGUUUUGCAGCGCACUUUAACGCGCCCAUUAUUGGCCUCUCAACAUUCGGCACGGAUUGGAAUGUCGAUGAGUUGGUGGGCAAUACUUCACCGAUCUCAUAUACCCCACUAGUUACGGCGGGCUUGAGCGAUCGCAUGACCUACUGGGAGCGUGUGCGCAACUUCGUUGAGACCUCUAUAGCCUGGCUUAAUUGGAAACUGAUGUAUAUGCCGGUGCAGAAGCAACUUUAUGAGCAAUACUUUCCACACGUCGCCCAAAAGAAGCCUUUGGUGGAGCUGAGCAAGAACUUUUCGCUGAUAUUGCUCAAUCAGCAUUUCUCGUUGAGCUUUCCGCGUCCAUAUGUGCCCAAUAUGAUCGAAGUAGGAGGACUGCACAUAUCUCACACGCCGGCCCCCUUGCCCAAGGAGAUAGAGGAAUUUGUUCAGGGCGCCGGCUCAGCGGGUGUCAUCUACUUUUCCCUGGGUUCAAAUAUAAGGAGCAAGGAUCUUCCACAGGAGCGAAAGCAGAUGCUGCUUCAGGCUUUCGCCAGUCUACCACAGCGUGUGCUCUGGAAGUUUGAAGACGAUCAGUUGCCCAACAAGCCGGCCAAUGUGUUCCUCAGCAAAUGGUUCCCCCAGCCCGACGUACUGGCGCAUCCCAAUGUGAAACUUUUCAUCACACACGGCGGCCUGCUCAGCACCAUUGAGAGCAUCCACCAUGGUAAGCCCGUGCUGGGGCUGCCCUUCUUCUACGAUCAGUUUCUGAAUGUUGAGCGCGCUAAGCGCGCUGGCUUCGGACUGGGACUCGAUCAUAAAGAGAUGACAGGCACGGAAUUUAAGCAGACCAUUGAACGUCUGAUCAAUGAUCCGAAAUUUUCGACAACAGCACAGCUAAUGUCAGCUCGGUAUCGCGAUCAGCCCAUGAGCCCACAGGAGACGGCCAUCUGGUGGACGGAGUAUGUGCUGCGCCACAAGGGCGCGUCCCAUAUGCGUGUGGCGGCGCAGGAUUUGAGUUUUUUGGCUUAUUAUAGUCUCGAUGUGUUUGGCAUGCUCUUGGGUGUGGGCAUAUUAAUUUUGGUUACGAUUUGUUUUGUGCUAUGGAAGCUGCUGUGCAUCUUACGAGGUCAACGGGUAUCAGGCACAGAUAAAUUGAAACAUCACUAGUUUAAGCAAUUUUAUUUUCUAUCAAUUCGUUGCAAAUAAAGAGAUAAAUUUUAAA